GCGGUGCGAGCUAGUGGGCGCAUGCGCGGUGCGGCAAUGCGAGUGUUGGUGGGUGGUGGGACAGGCUUCGUGGGCAGAGCCCUGACCCAGCUGCUGCGGAGCCGAGGGCACGAAGUGACCCAUGUGUCUCGAAGAGGGGGCAAGGAUCGGAUCAGCUGGGAGGAGCUGUCCCGCUCCGGGCUGCCCCUGUGUGAUGCUGUGGUCAACUUGGCUGGUGAAAAUGUCCUCAACCCUUUCCGCAGAUGGAGUGAUGCCUUCUGCAGGGAGGUCGUCAGCAGCCGGGUGGAGACCACCAAGACCUUGGCCAAAGCCAUUGCUGCUGCUGAGCAGCCACCCCGUGCCUGGGUCCUCGUCACUGGCGUAGGUUAUUACCGCCCCAGCCCCACAGCUGAGUACACUGAAGACAGUCCAGGAGGGGAUUUUGACUUCUUCUCACGCCUGGUGAGCUCGUGGGAGGCUGCAGCUCUCAUCCCUGGGAGCCCAGCUCGUGGUGUUGUGGUGAGAUCAGGUGUGGUGCUGGGUCGAGAUGGCGGUGCAAUCUCUCAGAUGCUCUUGCCUUUCCGUCUGGGACUUGGAGGCCCCAUGGGCUCUGGACUGCAGCCCUUCCCGUGGAUCCACAUUCAGGACCUGGCUGGGAUUGUGUGUCAUGCCCUGGAGAAGGAGUCUGUGCAAGGCAUCCUCAACGGCGUUGCCCCGUCCUCCCCUGGCACCUCCAAUGGCACCUUUGCCCAGGAGCUGGCGGCAGCCCUGCGGCGGCCGGCGCUGGUGCCGGUGCCCGCCUGGGCCGUGCGGGCUGUCUUUGGGGCAGAGCGGGCGGUCAUGCUGCUGGAGGGACAGAGGGUGCUGCCCAAACGCACCCUGGAGAGCGGCUACCACUUCAUCUUCCCUGAGCUGCCUGCAGCUCUGAAGGACAUUGUGGCUUAAGGCCUCCCCUGUUGGGCUGGGCACUGUUUGUGUGAGCUCACAUGCCUUCCCAUCAAAGAGGGGAGCCCUGCCCCUUGAUACUUCCCCAUCCACGUACAGAAGGGGUGAGCAAUCCUUUCCCCUGUAUCUCACUGUGUGCAUCCCCAGUUUAGGAAUCAUCCCUCUUACUGCCACCUGAAUGUUAACAUCACCUGCAUUUGGGGAAGGGCACGACCCCUCAAAGGACUGUGACUGUGGAAUUGCCCAUCUCCCCUUUUGCAUGGUGUGUGUGUGUGAACUGCUGGCAAAGCAGCUGGGGGUGUCAUGUCCUCUCCCUUGAGAGAUGUGGCAGCAGGAAACAGGUCCUAGUGCUGUUGUAAUUCCUGCAUGGUACUGGAAAUUGCCCUUCCUGUUUUUCCCCAUUAUGACAGGCAAAGUGGAAGAGCUAAAGUCUCUUUCUUGGUCUUGGUGGUUGUGGGAGAAUUCUCGAUCCAUCUUAGGGUGCUGAAUACAGGUUGCUUGGAGACUGCCCUCUCUUGUGUCUGGUGCCAAGUUGAUGUCUCAGUACCUUCAGCUGAAUCUAAUCCAAAGAGUUACACCCUUCUAGGGUUCCAUACCCCUUGUGCUGUGGCAGGGAUGAGGGAGAACCCUGCUUUGCCAGCCUGUAGAGGAAAGGGUGACAAUCAGAUUGUAGCCCCUGGAUUGCUUUGCCUUGGUUGAGUGCCCAUCUAAGCUUGAGCUCAGGAAAGCUGGGUGGUACCUCGCUGUGUGAGGCAUUGCAAGUCACAGCUUUAGUCCAAAGGAACAUUUCAGCUAUUGCCUUCCUUGUGCUUACCUCAGACCAGGAUGGUUUUCUUUUAUUGAUCCCAAGAGGUGGUGCUUGUGUUCAGGGUGUUCCCCCUGACUGGGCACUGAGGAUAUCCAAGCUGCCUGGUCUGCCUUGGGAAGCAGUACCUCUUCCCUUGUAAAGCAGAUUGCAAUUUCAUCAUCUACAGUGGCAGAAAAUGUAUCCAUGUGCUUCCCUUGACCCACUUCCAUAUCCCAGAGGGGGUUGCAGGGUGUGAAGUCCACAGGGCAGUGAAGUUUAUUAUAGCAGUACUUCUGGAGAAAUACUCCUAGUGUGAUGUAAGUUGAGGCUAGAAGAUUUUAUUAAAAGGCACUUCAGGUAGAUAAAGACCUACUCUUUGCCAUCCAGAACAACAGCAGUCCACAUAUUUCUGGUUUAUGCCAUGCUGUAGUCAGAGCAGCUGAAGGAUCAGUCUUGAUGAACUAAAUGCCUCACUCAGUUGUCUCUGCUCAGUACAUACUGGAGACAUCUGUGUGACAUCUGUGACCAGGCUGAUCCUGGAGUUUUGGUCUCAUUCUGGCAGAGCUGAAUGGUCUGCACUGCUGCCUUGCUUUGGGGUUCUGGGCUGACUGCUAAGUUGCAACACAGUAUUAAAGACAGCAAGGCUUAAUUCAGAGAUUUCUGUAGCAGUUGUAGUUCUGCACCAUUUGUAUUGGUCUGCUUUACACAUUCACAAAUUGUAAGACACUGAUUCCCUAAUUAAAGUUGGUAUUUCCCUUC